AUGUUCCGGCUAUGCAAAUGGUACGUGCAGCACUGUACAGCUUGUCAGCACAGGAAAGGUUCACGUGAACGUGCCGAGAUGCAGUGUCGUCCACCACCCAGUGGCCCAUUGGAGCUUGUGUCCGCAGAUCUCAUGGAUCUCCGAGCUUCCAUAAUGACAGACAAUGGGGGCGAGUUUGCUAAUGAACAGUGGCAGGAAGUGUGUAGACAGCUGGAGAUACGAUGUUCGUUCACCAUAGCAUAUCAUCCUAGUUCAAAUGGUUUAGUUGAACGGACAAACAGGGUUGUGAAGGAUGCCCUUGCUAUGCUUGUGGCUGAUAAACCAGGGAGGUGGCCGCUAUAUCUGACCUCCGUAAGGGGACUCACCAACCAAGUAACGACGGACACUAAUCUCAGGGUGCAACAGCUGGCUAAGGCCAGGCAGCUUGCCAUUGCUGCUUCUCUCCGUUCCAGAGAGGCCAAUGCACAGGCGCACAAUCGGAAAGUUCGCUCUACCUGGCAGCCGGAGGAAGGUGCGCUCGUCCUCCGUAGGGACUUUACCGGAGGGGCGUUACAGGACCGAUGGCAAGGUCCCUGUAGAGUGAUCAAGCAAAUAGGUCCCGUUGUAUUCGAGGUUAAAGACCUUCAGCCCCCUUAUCGUAUAGUGAAGCAGCACAGAGAUCAGUUGAAAAUGUAUCUCCCUCCUGCUGAACUAGACUAUGUUGAGGUUGGAGACAGACUGCCUUCUGAUCCCCCAGGUGUUGACGGUCCGUUGCCAGGCCGUCCCCCAGACGUAGCAGCACCUGUACAUGUGCUUGAUGACUUCGGGUAUGACCGGACGGAAAUUUAG